UGAAUGCUAAACAACUGUCGGCAACUUCCACUUAUUUGGCCUAAUUAGAACGACGUUUGGACGAGUAUUGUACAUGGUAUGGUCAGUGUGAGGAACUAGAUAAACUGAGGAUUUCUGAUGUUGAAAAGAGCUGGGUGAAUUUGUAAAGUUACAUAUCUGUGAAGGAAAACAACGCCUUGCCAUCUAAUUCAAGUAUUUGUUUUGUUGAGUGAGGUUGUUGUGGUUUCGUUUUGGUUUUUGUUCGUCCAGGGUCACGUUCACAGGUGACACCGCCCUCUGGUGGCUAAUAAUCUUAUUCCCCACAUCCUCGCCAGAUAUGAUCGACAGACUUGUUGCUAUGGACGCAGAAUCGUCGGAGAAGGAUGCAACGGGAACUGGAUCCCCUAUUGAGGCAAUGCAAACGCAACAGACAGAGUCAAGUAACCGAGAAGACGUCGGCACCGGUGAUUUUGAAGUGCUAUGUAGUGACAGUGAGGAGGACAAGGAGAAAGCCGACAAAUGUAAAGACAGGCGCACAUGGGAGCCGCCUCCCAGUGUUAUCGUAGCUUUAUACGAAAAACUUGAUAAAGUUGGGACUUUAGAAUUGGACUGGGUAUGUCCUAAAAGAAAACUACCGGACGACGAAGAGGAAAAACAUGAUGACGUAGAGGCUGCCCAGAACUCGGAUGAAGGCAGAGAUGAGCAGGAAGUAAAUGCACAGACAGAGGAACCCACAGAGUUUGACGAUUUUGAUGAGUUAAAUGCAGAUAUGGAUAAUACUUCACUACAUGUAACACCGAGGAGAACUCCAGGGAGUGGUGGACAAGGCAGCAGUCGGAAGAAAGUAGCUAGAAUGGAUAGAGUUAUAACAGACAUGAUACGACACAAGAAAAUGGACGAUGACGGUGAUCAGCUUCCAGAGGAUGAAAGUAAAGAUAAAUCUACGCCACAUCGGACACCAUCCAGACCAUUCAGAAUAAGGACACAUGAUUUCAAUCUCUAGUUGAUACUAACUAGUACAAUGGACAAAAAUAACAUUUUUCUACUUU